GGCAUACGUGUCGUUUCGAUUCCUCUCAGUUUUAAACCUGUUGCGCAUAUUCACGCCUCUUGGAGCAUAAAUACCGCGUUCGCGUGUUGCGUCGAAUCGUUUUGCUAUCGCAGUAGAAUUUCUGUGUUUGUGGGAAAGUUACGAAGAAGAAAUUGACUCCUUGGGUCAUCGGUGCGUGGCAGAAGAGUGAUGAGUUUGGGGCUACAGCCGAGUUUCGUUGCCGGACUGUUGAUGUAAAUCUGUUCCCCUUGGACUGUAUGCUACCCGUGAGCAUGUACGUCGCAUUCGCUUAUCGUUACACCUGGAAUCGCGAGAUUGUCUUCAACUCACAAAAGCUGGUUAAGAGACGCGCAAAAAUUGCUGCCUGAGAGCUGUGGGAGUAUUUUCUUCAACGAGGAUAUCUACUCAGCCGGACUUACGGGAAAGGAUUAAGCAAACUCGGAAGGAAGGAUACUCUACGUGGGAAUUAUUUUAAAGGAAAUAAGGAAUCGCUUGGCGAAAAAGAGAGAGAGAUUUAUUGCAAUCACGUAAUUUGUUUUGGCACACCUCCGGAAGAAAGGAUCUGAAGAAGAGCGAGAAGAAGUGAAAUGAUAUCUGUGAUCUGAUAUUGCUGUGUUUAGUAUUUUACCGCACCAACAAAAAAAGCCUUUGUUCAUUGGAAAAUUGUUUCGAAUAGCUAUACUACGACAAGAAGAUUAAACGUUUUGGAUACACUCUCUCUAAGAAUACUACGUAAUAGCAUUUUAUUCUGUAUGAACUCUAUUCCCCACUCGUAUCAAUUAAGGGUUUUAAAAUAUCUAUUCGUAUCCAACAAAAGAGACUUUCAGUGAAUGUCAGACAACCCAAGACGCUGAGACCUUAAAACCAAUAGAGCUGUAGUCAAAUUUUCGAGCCAUAUUUACACACAAAUCCCUUCGUUAGUUAUAAUUAUUUGCAAUACUAGGCUGUAAAAACAAGUCAAAACCAUUCGAAUAUAUUCAUCGUACCAAAGGCCUGCAGCCUUCCCCUCGAUAAUUCACAUCGACACCGACAAAUCGUUGUACAAAGUCGGCUCCCCUCUGACCAGUGGUCGUCGCCGUGUCGGUGGCGAGAACCGCCUUAUAAAUAAUUAAAACAAAAAAGCACACUACGCAGCACAAGUAGGAACAACAGCAAGCAGCACUAACUGCAACAGACAGCCGCAGCAGGAAAUACUCCCAGCUCAGCAGCAAUUUAAAAGACGCGCGAUCCCAACCGUUGCGCAGAGCCAAAAUGAAUGUCUACGAUCAAUGGCUUGGUGAAAAGUUGAAAAUACCCCAACUGUCCGCCGUCGCCGGUGGCUAUGUCUCAGCGCCAGCGGCCCCGUCGGCCCUCGUGGGUAUCGCCCCCGAACUCGGCCCCUUCCCGAACCAGCGCCCGCCGGUCAAGGUGCAGAACACCGAGGAGCUGCUGAUGGAAUUUGACUACGUGUACGAGAACGUGGAGUUGACUCAUCUGACGCCGCCCCAAACACCACCCCAGGAGGAUCAGUACCAUGGUGCCGGUGAGCAGCCCACGUACCUAUCGCUGCCCCAGCAAAACCCAGCCCCGGUCGUAGGUAGUGGAGAAUUCUACGGGUAUGAUGGUUCUCUGAACGGUGGAAUCGUUCUGAACCAGAUACCGACCGUUGUGGAGCAACUCCCAACGGACGUUGUGGAGCCCCUCCAACAGGUUCCCGGAGAGUAUGAGUUGGCCGACAGCUUCGGCUUCCAACCGGUGGGUGAGGAGGAGAACAUCGAGAACAACAUGGCAUUGGUGGAGGAAAUUAUCCGUUCCCGCUCGAAGGACCUCCCCGACUGCAACGAUGACGAUUCGUGUUCGUCCUCCGAGGAUGGCUCGGUGUCUAGCUCGUGCCCCAUGAGUGACGCCAGCUCAUCCUAUUGCGGUUCGGCGUACUCACGUGACCAAGAUGACGAGUGGAGCCCGAGUAGCAACUACAAGAAAGUUGCCGGCGGUGGCGUCUCCAAGAAGCGCACUCGCCCCUCCGUACGCGGAAUCGAGGACAAGAAAUCCCGCAAGAAGGAACAGAACAAGAACGCCGCUACCCGUUACCGCCAGAAGAAGAAGGCCGAAAUCGAAGAGAUCCUUAUUGUCGAACGUCAGCUGAAGGAGAAGAAUGACGAACUGAAAAGCAAAUCUGCCGACAUUGGGCGCGAGAUCCGCUAUCUCAAGAGCCUGAUGCGCGAGGUUUGCAAGGCGAAAGGCUUGCUCGAAUGAGAGCUUCGAGAUACUUAUUGUACCUUAUACAUUUCUGAUUUUUUAUUUUAGCACGUACAUUAUCGAAGUAAAAAUCAAUUAAUAAUUGUAUAACUCAUCCCCCCCUUAUCGGUAAGAUUUGCUUUGAAAGGAUUCUUCAUUCUUCACUUCCACGGUUAGAGGCCGUGUCGUGUGUUAUGGAAUCUUAUUAGCUGUAGUCGUUAUUAACACAAAACUUGUGUUUAGUUAGUAAGCUAAAAACAACUUACGAUUCAUUGACCGAGUGUAAUAUUCGUGAUGACGAUAGGCAUAUUGCAGAAAUCUGUAGUUAUUCUUGGAAUGGUUCGAGAUCGCUGUCUAUAAUCUUAUAUCUUCAAUUGGAAAAACGAUGAUGUAACGCACUCGACCCGUGACUUGCCACCUCGCGAGAGAUCCGUCCGCAAUCGUGACCCCCUGUGUAUGACGUCCGCUUGGCGUGACUGAAGAUCUGCAGAUGCGGCGGAUUGGGGCGGAGCUCUCGGGCAUAGCUGUGUUGCCGAUAAAGAGGAAAAGACUUCGAAUACCAAAACCCGUUUCGCUGCGAGAUUUUUCCUCCGCACCGGGAGACAAGCAUUCAUUGUCAAUUUUUAGAAAAUCAAAUCUUCUUAAUUCCUGGAAACAUCGAAACCUUUUGUGGCCACUCAAGAUCUAGUGCGAUCUCCCAAAGCCCAUAAUUAGAACUUCGUUUUGACUCUUCAGCAACAAUGUUGCACAGAAGAUGCUACUCUUAUCCGGCACAGCGAAUCGAGUUUCGAUUCUAUCGGGGAUCGUUUGGCGGUAUGGUUUAUAUGAGCAUCUUUUAACUGAUAACAAUAAGAUCAAUAUUUUUACAUGAAGAUCAAGAAAACAAUUGGGAAAUAUUACAUCAAGUUACGGAAAUGGAUAAAGUGAAAUGUUUAAACAGUGCAAUGCAAGACGAGAAAGCAACACAUUGCUGUGCAACGUGAUGCCAUUUGAACGUUUCUUAACCUGGAAUCUAUGGAUGUUUUCUUUGAGAGUAAUAUAACUAAGGGUUAAGAAGAAA